AAAAGUGAAACUCAACAGCAGUUGGUGGAAACGCCCACAACCGAAAACAGACUUAUCCCUCCCUUCUUUUGAAAAGAACGUCCAAUCCUCUUUUCCGGAUCUGCUCCUGAGUGUACGUUAUACAAGCAACUCUUUAAAAGCGUCUCCUAAUACAUCCCUUGUUAUAUCACAUUUCCUCACUGUGGGGACGGUGUCUUAUGUGCCAGGAGCAUCUGCAGAUAUCAAUUCGGCAGUUUAAAUACUUUGCAAAAAGAAUCAAUCAUACAUCUUUUUUUUGUGCUCACGGAAAAGUCCAAAAGUAUCCAAAUAAUGGCAAUGCUGAAUCAUUUAACGACAGCAUGCUGGAAGAAAGUUCAGAACGACCGGCUAAAGAAGCAGCUGUUCUUCAUUUGCCGCGCCUUGCAUAAGUCUGCAGCCAGCGAUGCUUUUGGGAUCUCCGAGGCUGGGGAAGGAGCCAUGCCGGAAAGUGUUAUCUCAUCGGCGGCUGUCAGCGAGAAGCCCAGAAUCCUGAGCCUGGAGGAGAUGCCUGGACCCAGCACCCUCUCCAACCUGGUAGAGUUCUUCUGGAGAGACGGGUUCAGCAGAAUUCACGAAAUACAGAUGGAGCACAGUAAGAAGUUUGGAAAAAUAUUUAAGUCCCGUUUUGGGCCGCAACUGGUGGUCUCGGUGGCGCACCGUGACCUGGUGGCUGAAGUGCUGAGGGCCGAGGGCGUUGCCCCUCAGAGAGCGAACAUGGAGUCCUGGAAGGAGUACAGAGACAUGAGAGGCCGUUCCACUGGCCUCAUUUCAGCGGAGGGAGAAGACUGGCUGAAGAUGCGGAGCGUGCUCAGGCAGCUCGUCAUGCGGCCCCGUGACGUAGCAUUGUUCUCUGACGAUGUGAACGAAGUGGUCGAUGACCUUAUCAAUAGAGUUCGUAUUUUGCGCACCCAGGAGUCUGACGGAGCAACUGUCCUUAAUGUCAAUGACCUGUUCUUCAAAUAUGCCAUGGAAGGUGUGGCAGUCAUAUUGUACGAGUCCCGACUGGGCUGUUUGGAAAAUGACAUUCCCCAGGAAACCCAAGACUACAUCGGAGCGCUGCACCUCAUGUUCAGCUCCUUCAAGACGACCAUGUAUGCAGGGGCGAUCCCCAAGUGGCUGCGACCUGUCUUCCCCAAACCCUGGGACGAGUUCUGUUGCUCCUGGGAUGGCCUCUUCAAAUUCAGUCAGAUUCACGUCGAUAAGAGACUUUCGGAGAUUAAGGCCAAAGUGGAGCGGGGAGAGGAGGUGAAGGGGGGGAUGCUCACACACAUGCUCGUUACCAGGGAAAUGAACUUGGAGGAGAUCUACGCCAAUUUAACGGAGAUGCUGCUGGCUGGGGUCGACACGGUGUGUGUUUUGUGUAAUCCUUGUGUGUGCGUGCGUGUGUGUCAGUCUUGGGUUUCAAGGGUUAGGUUUCUGGCGCCACAUCCAUUCCUGUGUAGCUGUGCCAGCGUCAGGUCAGAACAGUGAAUCGGAGGUUACAUAGUAUCCCUCUGACAAACUUGUUCUCACUCGGCUUUAGUUUCUUUUCAUAUGUCAUUGUCUGCUAUAUCUACACAGGGGGGCUUUUGUCUCUUUUAUUCUCCUCCACCAGACAGCUGUGCUGAGCGUUCAUGUGCUUGUAAAUUAAAACUAAAUUAUAUAGAUAUUGUACUGUAAGUUGUUAGGACUGUAGGUCUAUUUACACUGAAGUGCAUUUCUUUUUAGGUAUCUGUGUAUACUGUGUGCACAUUUGCACUGUUCCUACCUAAUUUGUUGGGGGUACUGUCAGGUUAAUGAUAAUUAUGAGAGCAGACUCUUUUGUUCUGAGCUGGGGGCCACAGGAUAAAUGGGUGUGUGUUUUUGUUUAACUUGUUGCAACGGCCACGUCCCAGUAGGGGGUGGGCUUAACCAAGCCAUUACCUGACCCCAUGGUGUAUUACCCUUACUCGGCACACAAGAGAGCUGUCAAGACAUGUUAGCCACAGACAGAAUUAUAGCACAGACUGACCAGAGGUGCGAUGAGGGGGACAAUAAAGAGCUUGAGGAAAAGGGAAUCUUUCAAGAAACAGGAAAAAAGUUUGGGAACUAGCAUCAUCGGGGGGCUUAAGACGAGUCAUUGGUGUUUUAAAUUGAAAAAAAUAUGUGAGAGAUUUAAGGGGAGAAGUCCAGGCCUUUCUGAGCUGUUGCAUGAUGAGCUUUUGUCAUAUGAUUCCUGUCCAGCUUUGUCUGAGGUGACGUGUCAACAGCAUCUGUCCCUGUCUGAUUAGAUUAGAGUAGGGGGGAGAGGGAGGUGGGAGACACAACAGUGAGAAGGAUGAUAAGACCUGUGAUACAGUGAAAGAGACUAUUUUGAUCAUUAGUCUACUCGUCUUUUACCAAUCCAUGUCAUAAAAUGCAUGGUUGGAAAAGUAAAGAGGCCAGAUGAAAAGAUGGCAUCAAGGUUUUCAAUUAUCAUUUUAGAUCCAACCAAACUUUCCCUCCACGACGGCCAGAAUUAAUACUAUCUCGGGCGAAGUAGAGUCUAUAUAAUU